UGUUCUCUGCUGUCCCCUAUUCCCUUUUUCCUCUUUGCUCUCUCUCUCUCUCCUUUCUUCCCCCUCAUCCUGUUACAGAAGAGAGUGAAGGAAUGAUGGACAAGCUGGUGCAGGAUGGCAGCAGCAGGGUGGAAGCCCAGGUUCCGGACACGGCUUGCUCUUCUAAGCAGUGUGAGGACUGCGAGAAAGACUUUGUUGGAUGCAGCAGGAAAGCACAGCUGCUGGUGGAUGCCAGUGUCCGCUCCUGAGGCUCUGCGCCAAGGAUUGGGGACUCCACCACCAGAAGUAGCAGGCAUUUUGGGAUGUCCAAGGUUCCACAGUGAGCGUGUCCUGUUCCUGGUAAAGGUGUGGGCGUUCCUGGACACGAAGGUAUCUAUCUCCAUGCCUUGCCCAUGUGCCCAGUCCCCCACCAGAUGCUGUUUGCCUUUUGGCCCCCCUGAUUUGCUGCACUGCUGCGCCCUGAUCCUUGCAGAGGGGCUCUCAUUGGUCACCGGCAGCGCAGUCCAGCCCUCGCCAGCCUGUGAUUGGUCAAAUGCUGCGCCGUUCCCCCCUCGUCAGCCUGUUAUUGGUCACCGGCAGUGCCGUCCGACCCUCGUCAGCCUCUCAUUGGUCAUCAGCAGUGCCAUCCCGCCCUCAUGCACCUCUCAUUGGUCAUCGGCAGCGCGGUCCCGCCCCCAUGUGCCUCUCAUUGGUCAUCGACAGCGCCGUCUCGCUGUCUCCAGCCUGUGAUUGCUCACUAGCAGCGCAAUCCCGGUGUCUCCAGCCUGUGAUUGGUCACCGGUAGCGCCAUCCAGAACUCCUCAGCCUCUCAUUGGUCACCAGCAGUGCCGUCCCGCCCUCGUCAGCCUGUGAUUGGUCAUCGGCAGCGCCGUCCCGCCCUCAUCAGUCUGUGAUUGGUCAUUGGCAGCGCCCUCCUGCCCUCGCCAGCCUGUGAUUGGUCAUCGGCAGUGCCGUCCCGCCGUCAUAUGCCUCUCAUUGGUGAUCGACAGCACCGUCCCGCCCCCUUGUGCCUAUUAUCAGUCAUCAGCAGCGCCGUCCCGCCCCUGCCAGCGUCUCAUUGGUCAUCAGCAGCGCCGUCCCGCCCCUGCCAGCCUCUCAUUGGUCAUCGGCAGCGCCGUCCCACCCCUCCAGCGUCUCAUUGGUCAUCGGCAGCGCCGUCCCGCCCCCGCGAGCCUCUCUUAGAAUCAUAGAAUCAUAGAAUCACCAAGGUUGGAAAAGACCUAAAAGAUCAUCCAGUCCAACCAUU